AAAAUCUUGCAUCUGCAGGUUCUCAUUGCUUUAAGUACUGAUAACAAAGCCGGUAAUUCCGACUUGCUGCUAUAAAACGUGUCUGCGGCAAACAGUCGUCGUCACCAGAGUCCAACAUGAAGACCCUCGUGCUCUGCCUCCUCGUCGCCGGGGCUCUCGCCGCCCCCUCUCGCAAGCCCACGUUCCGUCGGGGUCUCAACAGGAUCGUCGGUGGACAGGAAGCUACGCCAGGAGAGUUCCCGUAUCAGCUCAGUUUCCAGGACAUAUCUUAUGGAUUCGAUUUCCAUUUCUGUGGAGCUUCCAUCUACAGUGAGCACUGGGCUGUAUGUGCCGGGCACUGCGUCCAGGGAGAGGACAUGAACAACCCAGACUACCUCCAGGUAGUGGCUGGUGAACACACUCUUUACCAUGAUGAAGGUCACGAGCAGAAGGUGAUCCUCUCCAAAAUCAUCCAGCACGAGGAUUACAAUUCAUUUACCAUCAGCAAUGAUGUCUCCGUUCUCAAACUGUCAGAGCCCCUGACCUUCAACAACAGGGUUAGCUCUAUCCCCCUUCAGUCAGAAAAAAAUUUCUUAGGUGACUGCGUCGUGUCAGGCUGGGGUACAACCACAGAGGGAGGUGUAAGUCCAUCCAAACUGCAUUACGUUGACGUCCCUACCGUCACCGACGCUGAGUGUCGCAAACACUAUGGCGACAGCGAGAUCGAAGACUCCAUGAUCUGUGCUGGACUGCCUGAAGGAGGAAAGGACGCUUGCCAGGGUGACUCUGGUGGACCUUUGGCAUGUAAUGGCCACCUGACUGGUAUCGUGUCCUGGGGCUACGGCUGUGCCCGUCCCAACUAUCCCGGGGUUUAUGCUGAAGUGGCCUACUUCAAGUCUUGGAUUGAGGCAAACGCUAAAUAAGUAUUGUGCUUCAGCCAUCACAUUUGUAGAAUUCACGAAAUAAUAAAGAACACAUACCAAUAA